AUCGUCUGUCGAUUUUCCCCGAUCCAUCAACUCUUCAGGCGAUCGAGUUGACUCCCCCAUAAAACCAACCGCCAAAAUGAUUCUCACUUCCGUCUUGGUGCUCCUGCUCGCCAGCGUCCAGGGCGUUUUCGGCCAACGGAGUGCUGGCUGCGGCCGCAACCCCCCCAGCAGCGGCCUCAAGUCGAUCAACGUCAACGGCCAGAACCGCCAGUACAUCCUGCAGCUGCCCAACCAGUAUGACAGCAGCCGCGCCCACAUGCUCAUCUUCGGCCUGCACUGGCUGAGCGGCUCCAUGAACGAUGUCCACCCCAACUACUACGGCCUGCGGAACCUCGCCGGCAACAACGCCAUCUUCAUCGCCCCCAACGGCAUCGACAACGGCUGGGCCAACCCGGGCGGCCGUGACGUCGCCUUUAUCGACGCCGUCCUCAACCAGGUCCGCAGCGAGCUCUGCUUUGAGGAGACGCAGAUCUUCGCCACCGGCUUCAGCUAUGGUGGUGGCAUGUCUUACGCCCUCGGCUGUGCUCGUGCCAGUAAGUUCAUUGUCCAUCCUAUUUUUCCUUUUUUUUUCCUUCUUUUCUUCUUCUUUUUCUUCUUCUUCUUCUUUUUCUUCUUUUCCCCCUUUCCCCCCCGAUGGCGGUCUUUCUUCCACACAAUCCAAUACAAGGACGAGGGCGUCAUUCCGGAUGACUAACACCGGUGUUCUCCUCAACCAGACGUCUUCCGUGCCAUUGCCCCCAUCGCCGGCGCCCAGAUCAGCGGAUGCGACGGUGGCACCAACCCCAUCGCCUUCCUCGGCAUCCACGGCACCCAGGACAACGUCCUUCCCAUCAGCAUGGGCCACCAGGUCCGUAACCGCUUCAUACAGAACAACGGCUGCCAGGCCCGCAACGCCCCCGAGCCCGGCAACGGCCAGGCCCCCAUCAAGACCGAGUACUCCUGCAGCGCCGGUUACCCCGUCACCUGGAUUGCCUUCUCCGGCGGCCACGACCCCAACCAGCCCUUCGUCGGCCCCGAGAUCUGGUCCUUCUUCUCGCAGUUCGGCGGCACCAACCCCGGCCCCAGC